ACCCCGAGAUCCCCAUUGACAUAUCAGACCCAAUGUUCCAACUAAAGCCUGUCCCAGAAAGUACACUGUGUUGCCUUUACGCUUGAUGUUGCCUCACUGGACGACAUUCCCAGCAACGUUAUGGCGAAGAUCCGCGACUUCAGGAAAAUUUGCACUAGAAAACAAAUACCACAAGCUAUUCUCCUCACGAAGAUUGAUACCGUCGAUAAAACCGUAGACGAAAGUGUGAAACAAGUGUACUAUAGCUCAAAAAUUUACGACCUUGUACAGAAAGCGUCCAAACUAAUUGGACUUCCGGAGAACCACGUGCUUCCGGUAAAGAACUACAACCGCGAGAUGAUGCUCGACGAUGACGUCAACAUUCUGGCACUUCUCGCGCUCCGGCAUUUGGCAUACUUCGCUGAGGAUCACCUGGAAAACGUCCAGAUGAAACAGAGUAGAUCGGUCAGACGCUUGCAGACGGCAAACCCCAUUACAGGAAAUCGCACCGGCCCAUGUGAUUUGGAAUCAGCGUCAGAGACCAUUUAAAGCUAAACCGUAAAAGACUUGAAUAUUAUGAAAGAAACUUGAUGUAUAUAUAUAGUCAAUUAUGUAACAUCGAUAUAUAUUUCAUUAAUAAAGUAUUUAACAAGA